GUCCCGACACCGCGCACGACCCCAGGCGCACCUCCGGCUAGACGGCACGUGAUGCCCUCCGCCAGGCAGCGGCGGCGGAGUCGCCGGCGGCGCCGAAGACGACAGCUCGUGCUCUCCGCCACGGCGAUGACGCCCUCGGUACCGCUGCCGCCAUAGAAGAGUGCAUCGUCACCGCCGACUCUCGCGAGGAGGGAAAUUCAAAAGGCGCCCGGCUCUAGUGGCGACGAACGCCGGGGACCGGCGUGCCGCAACCGCCGAUCAUCAGGCCCACGAUGCGCAACAUCGGCAGCUGUUGCUGCGGCGGCGGCAACAACAGCUACUACUCGAAUCACGACAAGUGCGGCAGCGGUGCCGCGACGCCGACGAGUCGUCGUCAGCAGCUGACGGCCGCGUGAGAUGCCGUCAUCGGUUCCCGUGUUGGUCGCCUGCAUGGUGUGCGGCGCGCUACUGAGUCGCGCGGCAGCCACCGCUUUCGGGCAGCAGCAGAUCGUCGUGCUUCCUCACGAGGACAGGUGCCGUGCGUUCAAUGCCAGCACGCUGCGAUACGCCACGGAGACCCUGAUCUCCAACCACACGCAGCUGGCCGCUUACCUCUCCGAGUUCAACAUGACGCUGACGGUGCGCAACGCGACCGAUGUCUGCAGCACCGGCGGCCUGCUGCCCCUCAUCGAAGCGAUGGAGGACCCACGCGUCGCAGGCGUCGUCGGUGGCCUGGACGAAGAAGUGUGCGCGGCCGGCGAACUGCUGGCGCAGGUGCACCGGAAGCCCCUGGUCGUGUGGAACUGUCACGGCUACGCCGCAGGCGCUCUGCCGGCCGACAAGGCGUCGUCCGUGUACUUCGGCCGCGUGUCGUCCAAUGUGGCUCUGGCUGCCUUCGCCGUGGCCUCGUGUCUCAACGACCUCCGUGUCAAGUACGCGGUGUUGGUGGUGUGCGAAGAGCAGCCGUGGCUCGCUCUGGCCAACGAGCUGGAGGCCAAGCUGCGGCCGUCUGGUCUUGUCGUGCGCCGCGUCAUCGCGCUAUCGCCCAAUGCCAAACUGGAAGAAGUGGACGCCGCUCUACGGGUGAUCAAGGCGCCCGUCAAAGCCGUGCUGCUGUCCAUGGACCCGUGGGGCGUCCUGCUGAGCCGCGCACUCAAGGCGCUACACGCACAGGGAGCGGGCCGCGGUGCGGGCUCCCCACUGGCGCUGUUCCUGGUGAGCGCGCCGAGGGUCCUGCACCCGCGCGCGCUGCUCUCUCCCGCCCUGCUCGCGCUGGAUGCUGCGGCGCCGGAGCUGCUGCGCGCCCUGUUCGUGGUGACGUUCGUGUCGACCGACACGUCUUACGCCAAGCUGUGGAAGGACCGCCGCACGCAGCAACUCUACCGACAACUGGCGGCGCGCACUUCGGCCAGUGAAGUCUACGCGGCCUUUCGUUACUUCAAUGCCGUGUCGCUCCUCAUCACUGCCCUCUGGCGGUCGUCGAAGUCGAAACCGUCGAAUGGAGCUGCUGCUCUGCCCGCUGAGUCCUUCUUCAUCAACGGCACUUACCCCAGUCUGCCGACAUCGCCCAGUCGGGCUGACGCGCGGGGACAGGUCCAGAGUAAAGCCGUGCUGCUGGACUACAGCCCCGGGGCUCGGGGCUUCGUGUCCGUGCGCGAGACGGAGUUCCGCGACUCGGCCCAGCCGCUGCGCAGUGGAGCCUACCAGGUCUCGGAUCGCGGCUCUUCGCGGUCCUGGAUCGGGCGCGUCGACUGGCCGGGAGGCCGCAGGCUGGAGCCGGACCCCGAGUGCGUCCUCAAAGAGGUCAACUGUGGGGGAGCCUGGGCCAGUUUUCCCCUGACUAGCGGAGAAACUGUCGGCGUAACAGCGUCUCUGAUCGUGUGCCUAUCGGCUGCCUUGGGAGUCGCCGCUUUGGUCAGACGCAAGCUGGCUGUUAAACAAAUGCGCCGACGAAUCCUGCUCUCGCAACAAGAUAUCAGUCUCUCGCCUCCGGUAAAGAAGGCUUUCGACGGCUACUACUUCGAGCGUCCCGACAUACUCAGAGGCUCUCAUGAUUCCCUCCGGCAGGCGCAUACCAACAGCAGCGUUCAGAGUCUGCAUGCCAGCCUCGAUGACAGACCUAACUGUGCGAGGCUAAAGGCGAAGGGGGACACAGUUUAUCUUAAGUAUCUCAUAGUCCACAGCGCCUUCGAGAUAAAGACGAAAGCAAUGAAACAACUUCAGACCAUGUACGAGAUACGCCACGAGAACGUCAAUCCUUUCCUGGGUUGCCUGGCGGACCCGUCGCAGCCGGCGCUCGUGUGGGAGAUGUGCACUCGAGGUUCGCUCACCGACGUGCUGGCCAGCGAAGACAUCCGUCUCGACUGGACCUUCCGCCUGUCGCUCCUCAACGACCUUGUCAAGGGUAUGAGGUACCUGCACAACUCGCCAAUAAGACAACAUGGUCACCUGACUUCACGUAACUGUGUCAUCGACUCUCGCUGGGUGCUCAAGGUCACCGACUACGGCAUGCCCGCCUUCCAGGAUCUCCAGGCCAUCGCAACGCUAGUGAGAUCUGCCAAAGACCUCCUGUGGACGGCGCCCGAGCUGCUGCGCGGAGACUGCUCGCUUCUGCGCCGCGGUACUCAGGUCGGCGACGUGUACAGCUUCGCCAUCGUGAUGCAGGAGGUGUUGCUCAGGGGAGACCCCUACUGCAUGCUGCCCCUAACGGCCGAAGAAAUCAUAGAGAAGUUGAAGCACCCGCCGCCUCUCAUCAGGCCAUCCGUGUCUAAGCAAACAGCCCCACCCGAAGCUCUGCACAUCAUGCGUCAGUGCUGGGCCGAGUCUCCUGACAUGCGGCCUGACUUUGACGUCAUCGCGGACCGCUUCAAGUCUCUGUAUCACGGAAGGAAAGCAAACAUCGUCGAAACCAUGUUUCAAAUGCUGGAAAAGUACUCCAACAACCUCGAGGACCUCAUCAGAGAGCGAACAGUGCAGCUGGAUGAAGAGAAGAAAAAGACCGAGCAACUUCUCAACAGAAUGCUGCCGAGCUCCGUAGCAGAGACUCUCAAGGCCGGCCUGCCCGUGGUGCCAGAGAAGUUCGAGGAAGUGACCGUUUACUUCAGCGAUAUCGUCGGCUUCACGACAAUAUCAGCAUACAGCGAACCAAUGGAGAUCGUAGACUUUCUGAACGACCUCUACACGGCUUUCGAUUCGACUAUCAAUCACUACAACGUCUACAAGGUGGAGACCAUCGGUGACGCGUACAUGGUGGUGGGCGGCCUCCCCGAGCGCACCCGGGACCACGCCGAACAGGUGGCCACCAUGGCGCUGGACCUGCUGCACCACUGCGGCCGCUUUCGCAUCCGACACAUGCCCAACGUGCCUCUCAUGCUGCGCAUCGGACUGCACACAGGGGCUGUUGUCGCUGGAGUGGUGGGUCUUACCAUGCCGCGGUACUGCCUGUUCGGAGACACCGUCAACACAGCGUCCAGGAUGGAGUCGACGGGAAGAGCAUACAGGAUUCACAUCAGCAAGACAACGGAGAGGAAGCUGCGACAAGCUGGGAGUUACUCUGUCAGGUACAGAGGAGAGAUCGUGCUCAAGGGCCGCGGACGACAGCCGACGUAUUGGCUGAUAGGAAAGCAAGGCUUCAACAAGGCUCUGCCCGAGCCGCCUCAGGAUGACGACUGGAACAACCACGGAUUCAAGGACGAGGAGAUAUUCAAGGCACUGGGUCGCAAGAAAGCCGACGACAUCCUGGACGCACCGCCGUCGCCGCUGUCCCCCUGCGGCCACAAUGCGGUUGACGACAACGGCGGCAACGGCUCCGGAGGGCCCGGCGUCUCGGCGCCGUCAGCCGACAGGGAUGACGCCGUUCGCACGGGACGACCGUCGCUCGCGUCGGCGCAGGACUUCGGUCUGCCGGACAGCCUGAGCCCGUGCCUAAGUCCCGUCAGUCCUAGUUUAUCGUGGCAGGCAGCGCCGGACUCCUGGAACUGCAAGUCGAGAAAGCCCGCGUUGGACUCUUCCGGAGCAGCUGUCACGCUCGCCGCAGCAGCCGCCAGCGUGGGAGCAGGGCUCAAGAAAAGCCACAAGGUGGCCGCUAUGGAAUCCGAGCCGGCGGUCCAGCCGUCCUGGCCCGAGAACGACGUCGCCGCCAUUGACGACCCUGGCGGUGGUGUCUGUGGUGGUGUCGGUGGCAAAGACUCGUCCGACGAGCGGUCCUCGUGGCCUGCCACCAGAAAUUCGUCGCCCUCGCAGUCGUCGUGGCUGAGGCACAGCUGCAGCUCGUUGAGGCAGCUGUCGUCUCCGAGUGACACGGAACACGUCUAACGGUCUCCGGCGUGUUUCUCCACGGCCAGUGGGUUCUGCGUGUGCGCGUUAACCUCGUAGAAGUGGUGACGCCUUUGAUAUAUAUGUAUAUGACGUUUGAGCACUGCCGCUAGCAUUAUGCAGUGUUCUGGACCAUCGGCGCCCUCUCAGUUGUCUUAGGUGUGUGCGAGACACCGGGAACAUCCCUAGUCAGUGAACGAACGUUAUAAGAGGCCUACUCUUCUUUUUUUCUCUCUUUUCCGCAGUGCAUUGUGUAGGGCAUCUCUGGUUUCCCACAAAGUGGUUGGCUUGCUACCCGCUUCACUGGUUCAGUGCGUUCUGAGAGCUUAAAGAUGGCUCGGAAGUAUAAGAACCGCUUUAACGAACAAAAUUUUUCUUAAAGCGCAGCGACUGCUGUAAAAUACAGCUGUGUGUGACUCUCCUGCCCUUCCCGUGGAAGCACAGUGCGGGUGCGUGGACCUUUUGCUCGCGCACGCAUUUAUCUUGUAAAAAAGACGUUUAUUUCUCCACUCAACCUCUAUAACGAACAACUCAUUGUGUUAAUGCACACCAGUUCGUUGAAAUGAAUAUCGAGAGGGAGGAAUCGCUUCGCAUUCCAGCGGUAAUGUUAUCGUUUCUGUCAGCUGUGGCAGAGCGUAUUUCAGUCCUAACCAUCUUGGCACCAAGUUUUCGUGUUUGCAUCUAUCCUCUUGGUCAUCCUCUCAUUCCAUUUUUAGCGCGUAGAAUGAGUGUAGUGGGAGAAGACAUUACGUGGAUUAGGAGGUUAAGCGAUCUGCAUAUAGUGAGUGAUGUGCCCACGUGAAAAACAGUGAAAAACAAAACUGAGGAAUUGAAAAAGAAGCCUAAAAUAGAUAGAAAACAAGGAGCUGUUAGACAUCUAAAAAAAAAAGCAUGACUUUUGUUGAUAAUUUAUACAUAAAUCCACAAUUAUUUUUCUUUUGCUCCUUAUUUUAGGGGAUUGUAUCAGCUAAGAGUAUAUCGAUAAAUAGGUUCAUAAGGUUGUGCAUUAACUAGUACAAUGAGCAAGUAAGAGAAGUGAAUGUUCCAGAAAAGAAAUUAAGAAUGACAGCAGAACUCAGUCAAUGAGCAAAAAUUAUUAAUGUCUACUAAAAAAACCUCGCGCACCAUGUCGAUGGAUUGAAAUGUAGCUGUGUUAUGUUACGUUUUAGGGGCAACUACAACCUUUAUGACUGGUGGAACGAAAUCAAGAAAUGGCUCUAAUCUGGGCCUUGUAUGCGCAAAGAUUAACCAUAUAUUCUCGAACAUACAGCAAAAUUUGUGGCGUCACACAGUGUUGUCAUCAGUAGUACGGUUUAAUAGCGAAAUUCAAAAAUGCCAUUUUUACCUUUCUUUUGUGCCCGGAGAAGGUCGUUGCGAUAUUUCCAAUUGCGCAACCUGCCUGCCCAGUCUUGUUUGGAGUUUGCCCAUUCAACCUCACUAUAAUGAGAUUUGAUACUUCAACGUGGUGGGCAAGCCGCUCCCACCAGACCAUGUCCCGCAUGAAGUGGCCACAGUGCAUUAUUGUGCUCCGAGACAGCAAGUGUAAUUAGAAAAGAGAAAACUACUUUUACCAGUCCAACUCAGUCGCUUAGACGUCCUCUUGUGGUCUAAUUUCUUAUUGUAAGAAAACUGCAUUGAGGAAGCCAAUUAAGGUACCAAAAUGAUGAAUCCAUGUCCAGGAAUUUUGAACAUCGCUCCUUCGGCCACCUGUUAAACUUCACCAGGAUGCACCAGCAUAACUUGGAGGAAAACUUCUUUUUUAAUCAGCCGAAUUUAAACGAUUAUCAGUUUGCAACGUCGCAGGGUACUUUUCUAAUAAAAGACGCGUUUCAUAACUUCCCUGCUGUGUUACAGCAGCGUUUCGGUCUGGAUUAAAACACUGCUCUAACGCAGCAGGGAAAUUACGACCAAAUGCCGUAAAUGCGUAUGUUAUUAGAAGGGAGCACCUUCUCGAGGUUCCUAAUUGAAAGUUGCUGAAAUUCGGCCGAUCUUUUGAAGUACAUAUUUUUUUAAUGCUCUACAAUAAGUUUCGUUGGUACAUUGCGGUGAAGUUCGGCAGAUGACUAAAGGGGCAAUUUCCGAAAUUCCUGGGUGUGCUUAGCGUGGCAGUGCAUCCAGAUGCGGAUCGCUCGGUGCGCGAGUAACCGUGAAUCAUAAAUGUUUUGCAUUCUCUCCUUCAGAUUGCGCCUAUUAACACAAGUUCCCAAGACUAAUGAAAGGAACGUAGGCAUUCAAUGAUACAAUCAUCUUUAGUGGUAACUUUGGUGAUACAGGCUUAUUCAAACAACGCGAAGCAAAAGGUAAAAAAGAGGACGCCGAAGAUGGAGGCUUGAAUGUAUCGACAGGGGUUAAACGAAGGUUGUCUUUGAAACCAAACUUUUCUACGUGGAAGCUUGUCUUCGUCAAAUCAACGACUGCUUUCGUCACGCUGUCAACUACACGAACAGCACAGAGAGGUCACGUGAAUGUAAAGUUUUAAAUGCACAGCAACUAGUGGAGUACAGACCUUUGGGAUAGUUGGUCUGAUACAGUCAUUGAGUCCAUAGCGCUUAGGUGACAUGGUCCUUGUCGUUCUUGGCCUCUUUACCGAAGUGCUAUGGUCCCAAUACCAGUGACCCUUUGCAAGAAAUUUAGCAAUUCACUGACUGCUGUCCAUGGAAUCCGUGAUCCACGGACUCUCUUCAUUAGCGAUGUGCCAUUAUGUUGAGAAGUUUUGAGAGUGUUUUGAAUUUUCGUUACCUUUUUAAUCUAUCUUGUUUUUCCUCUCUAUGAUUUUCGUAUAUCUGGCCCUAUCUGUGGCCAAAUUUGUCAUAUUUCACAUUCAUUAAGGAACUGACUAUAGUGAGGGGACCUUUCACUAUAGCCAUAAUUCUAUCCUUGACUCUGCUGUGCUUGUUCCUUUGCCCUAUGCUUCACUGCCACUCCUGACGUGGAGGGCUCCUGCCAAUGAGAGCGAAGCGACCCGUUGCGUAGCCCAGGAG